ACAACCUCCUCCUUUAUUAUGUUCGAACAUGUAACAAUAGUAUAUGUACCGUAUACGAAUCGUCACAUCUACGAUUUGAAUGAAAUGGGAACUCUUAAUCGCAUUGGUAUCCUCUAUACCACACAUUUACAUUAAACAUACAUCUAUACUACCGAAAAAUAUUAUUAAUUGAGGACACAACAAAUUAUUUUAAUAUCGCUUUGACAAAUAAUCAAUGUUUCGAUAAUCUUUCACGGUAUGAAAUGAAACUUACGUAUGACAUAACAUCCAAUAUUAUAGAUCGACUUUAAUGCAGAAAAAUGGCUGGUACUACUUGGACCGAGGACGAAAUUGGACGAAAAUGGGAUCGAUGUUUCACAGAUGCAAUUUUUAAAUUAGGUGGAGGAACUUUGCUCGGUGGUAUAUUUUCCCUGUUUUUCUUCAAACGUAGAAAAUGGCCUGUUAUAACGGGAGCAGGUUUCGGAUUAGGUAUGGCAUAUUCUAAUUGUCAAGAGGACUUAAAUUCAACUGUAAGGCUACAAACAUCUAGAGACUGCAGCAAAGUUUCUAAAGAUGCAGCAAAGAAGAGUUCUUAGCGUGUUUAUUUACAAAAAUUGUUAUGCU